AUGCCAUUCGAUAUUACAGAAACUGGUCCAAAGGUUUCUAAUAGACCACCACCAACAAAGACAUGUUAUAUUUGUGGAAGAGAAUUUGGAUCAAAAUCAAUUACAAUUCAUGAACCAAAAUGUUUGGAAAAAUGGAAAUUUGAAAAUGAUAAAAAACCAAAAAAAGAAAGACUUGCAUUACCUAAAAAACCAGAAAUCAUAACUAAUGCAGAAGGUAAGAUUGAUGUAGAAGCCACGAAUCAGGCAGCCUGGGAACAGGCUCAGGCAAAUUUGACACCAUGCCAAUAUUGUGGGAGAAAAUUUAAAUAUGAUAGAUUAGAAGUACAUAAUAAAAGUUGUACUAAAGAAAGACCUUGUAAAAAAGUCAAUAAAUAA